CCCCUCUUGAUUUUCUCUCGCUCUAACUCUAGCUCUCUCACACACCCUCUUCUCCUUUGCUCGUUGCCUUGUUACUAGCAGCCGUCUACCCUCCUCCGCUUCUCCUUCUCCCUCCCUCCCUCGCUCGCUCGCUCUCUCUCUUUUUCUACAUUCCAUUCCAGCUCUCCAAUUUUCUUUUUGCCUCUCUGUCCCGCCCGCCCGUUAUAUUCCUGCAAAAAUAUCCCUCGGCCUGUCCAGGCUGUGACUUUCCCCCCCCUUCACUUGUAACCGAGGUCUGUUGAAGUGGCACAGACACUGCGGCGCUCACGUCAACCAUAGAGUAUAGACAGCCUUCACUGAGCUUUCUUUUCCUUCUCUGCUUGUACAAUCUCCCUCUCUCUCUCUCUCUCUCCUUCUCUCCUUCUUCCCUUGCCCUUCUUUCUCGCUCAACCACCCACCCUCCCCUCGCACUGGUCCUGAUUCUUUUUUUUCUCUUUUUUUGCUCUAGGGUUUUCAUUCCCCCCUCCCAUCUAUCUCCCAUCUGGACUUUCCCCCAUCUUCCCUCCAGCAUCAUCAACACCAAUACAUACGCACCCAAACAUCAUCAUCCUACAUCCUCUUCCUCAUCAGUAUCCCUUCCUCGUGGUCGUGUCUGAUCGUCUCCUCAAUCGUUACUCCGUCUGUCAGACUUCAAACCCCCUCAGCCCACCUUCACUCAUUCAUCUCCUCCUGCCCAGCCCUCCCUCAACAUGCAUCCAGCUCAACCUCCUACUCGCCCACCAGCUCAAUCCCAGAAUGUCGAUGCCCCAUCCCCCGUUGCCUCCCACUCUGCCCAAUCUCGACAUCGGUCUGUCCAUCAAACCCCGAGCACCCAACACGAACCAGUCGCCUCGCCUGUAAACAUGGUCGGCCCCUCCCAUCCCAUGCCCCGUCAACGUGUUUACUUCGGUCCUUAUCUACUCCUUCAAACUCUGGGUGAAGGCGAAUUUGGAAAAGUCAAACUGGGUGUCCAUUCUUCGCCUGACAGGUGGGGCGAAGAGGUCGCAAUCAAGCUCAUCAAACGGGGUAACGUGGAUACUCAAGCCAGGAUGAUCAAAGUUGCGCGCGAAAUCGAUGUCCUCAAACUCGUCAAACAUCCUAACAUCGUCAGACUCUACGAUGUCAUUGAAACGGAAAAGUACAUUGGGAUCGUGCUCGAGUAUGCCUCUGGUGGUGAACUAUUCGACCAUAUCUUAGCUCAUCGCUACUUGAAGGAGAAGGAUGCAUCAAAACUGUUUGCUCAGCUUAUCUCUGGAGUUACUUAUCUUCACGCUAAAAAGAUCGUUCAUCGGGAUUUGAAGCUAGAAAACUUGCUACUUGACCGAAAUCGCAACAUCAUUAUCACUGACUUCGGCUUUGCCAAUCGUUUCGAGGAUCGUACCAAUGAUCUCAUGGCCACCUCAUGUGGUUCGCCCUGUUACGCUGCCCCCGAACUUGUUGUCCAGGAUGGUCGCUACGUCGGCUCUCAAGUUGACGUUUGGUCCUGUGGAGUCAUUCUCUAUGCAAUGUUGGCCGGUUACUUGCCCUUCGACGACGACCCUUCCAACCCUGAUGGCGAUAACAUCAAUUUGCUCUACAAGUACAUCAUCAACACACCCCUCAGUUUCCCUGAUUGGAUCUCAGAUGAACCUAAGGAUUUGCUCCUCAAGAUGCUCGUCCCCGAUCCGCUAAAGCGUUGUUCGCUCAAGGACGUCGCCAAUCAUUCUUGGCUAUCAAGGUAUCAGCAUCUUUUCACUCGUUCCUUGGAGGAGCUUGAACGUCUCUCUGAAGAAAAUGAGCAAGCCAAACGAUUGAUGCUUCAACGUCAAAGACAACUCAUGGCUGCCAACAACGCCAACCGAUCCCAACCAACCCUUGGUCCAGAUGGAAAACCGACUCAUGCCACUGGCAAUGCAGCGGCCGCCAAUAGAGCCCGAGGUCAUCAGAGUGCCAUGGUUGUCCCUUCAUCCGCCAUGGUCAGCCCUGAUGAGGCCUUGCAUUCCAAUCAUGUCAUCGGGGCUUACCAGCAACAACAGCGUCAAGUCCCUGGAGGUGUCGUCACACAUUUACAUUCCAACAGUAAUCAAUCUACUACAGCUCCCACUCCUUCCAAUCGACGACAUCAGCAGGCUCAAUCAGCUGUCAUUGUUCCGGUAUCCUCACUCAACAAGGAGAAUGAAGAAAUCGCUGCUGUGCCUCCAAUCCCGAGCGACAAGAUGAUCAUUGACGAAGAACCCAAGAAGAGUGGCUCUAGUGUCAGUGGUAAGAAGCGCAAGGUUGCCGGUACAUCCACAUCUCCUUCUGUUCCACCCACCGCACCUCAGUCUCAACAGCGGUACACUGUUCAAGUCGAAUACACUGGUGUUGCCAAAGGCAAAGCCAAAAACGUUGAACCCUCUACCACUGGUGGCGAGGCUCCGGAGCCUCAUAGCCCUACUCAAGGCGCAACUGCCAUUGAUGAGGGCCAGGUCAGUACGCCUCGGAUGUCCACACCAGCUCCUGCCGUCUCACUUUCUUCUACACCCAAGCACGCCAACGACAGCCCACUUCAGAGUACUCCUCAGCCAAGCCGAAAUCCCAAAGCUUCUGUAACCGGAUCGUCCAAUACUCCUAAGGCGCUCGACCCCAGUUCCGUUGGGUCCGAUGAGACAUCUACUCCCACUGUUCCUUUUCCUUCACCCUCUCAGAAGCCAUUGGCCAACCAAGGCGUUGUAGGCGCUACUAAAACUUCUAGUCAAGUCUCCUUCAGCGCCGCCUCUCAUACUUCUGCACAGCCUAACGGUUCCACAUCCAAAGCGACUGCCGCCAAAUCACAGGCUCGCCAUAGAAAAGGAUUGUCAACAGAUCGAUUCUUCUCUCGGCUUCUUGGUGCAAACACAACUCAGCCAUCUAACCCCCCACCUGUUCCUACUCCCAAGAAGGCAUCUGCAUACACCACUGCUAAUCCCCCUGUCGCGAAGACAGCCAGGCGGAAAGCACUCAGUAUGGUUGUCGAACCUCUAAGUGGUAAAAUUGCAUCAGCUGCUGGCGCCCGACCCACCCGGAAGUCUGCCAAGGUCGCGCCUCCUACUCCCACCUCUGCGGAAGCUCAGCAGCCCGAUCAAUCAAAACGUCGUCAACGAGGUACUAGCAUGGCUCCAGCUUCAUCUUCGAACCCUCCUGUUGAUGGCAGUACUCCGCCACCAGUACCAACAUCUGAUAAGUCCAAAGCUUCUAGUGUCAAGAGACGGACUACCCUGACGGCCGCACACGGCCGCACCGCCUCAAGUAAGAUGCCUGCAAGUGGCUCAGCACCUCUAGUGACCGCUCUGAAAAAACCUGCAUCUCAACAAUCCGGCCCGCCUUCGGUGCAGGCGACACCCCCUCACGAAGAUGAGACCAGUGGUCCUCAGAGAGAGGGCCAAACCGCUUCGCCGAACUGGAGCCAUCACACACCCGCAGCAAGUGUUGCCAACAGCACUGGCCAGGCCAGCAACAGCAGCAAAGCCAAGCGGGUCAUGGAUUGGUUCCGUUUCAAGAGCUUGAACGGCAGUACCACGAGUACCAACCAACCUCACGCUCAUGCUAGCGAUCAUUUGGUUCCUCCUGUACCAAUCCCAACGGACUUUGAUGCUAGAGUGAAGGCUCAUCAACCCGCUCAGCUUGCCCAACAAUCAAGUGUUGACGGCAAUUCUCCUCCAGUUGGUCCCGAACCUACCUCGCAAGCUCCGGCACCGUUGAUGUCAAAUCAAUCAGUGACUCAAACGUCGGCGGUAUCCUCCAAAGCUAGCCAUCGCUUUACCCUGGCCCAUCCCCGCCCCAGCACAUCGACUGCUGCAGAGUUCAGCAAUACGCCCAACGCACCACCUGCAGCGUCCGAACGAAACGGUGUUUUCAACGACAACAAGCUCAAGUUGCACCAUGGAGCAAUUGACCAGAAUGCGAUUUCGUCGAAGCUACCGCCGGUGAUCAUGCAGCAACUGAAACAGAUACUCUGGGAAAUGGGGAUUGAUGUGGUUGAAGAGAGUUCGAUGAAGCUAAAGGCGACGAGGCGGUCGAAGAAGAAGGUGGUUGCUAGUCUAGGGAUGGGUGUCUUUGAAGCACUGCAACAGCAGCAACAAAAGCUCCACCAACAAGACGGCUCAACCGGCGCGUUCAAAUCGAUCUUCAACCGACGGCCUCAAACAGCCAGUAGCACCAAUCAGCAAAUCGGGGUCUUGAUCGAUCAAUUUGGCCACGUCACCACUGGACCCAGCGUAGCUUCAACCAGCGGUCAUGGGGCUGGAUCCGCCGGAGGGAGUCUUGGUAGCGCUAAUGGGGCCGAUUAUACCAGCGGCGCUCAGCCUUUACCUUCCUAUGCUGACGACCCAUCAGUCGACAGUGGUGAUGACGUCCGGUUCACUGUGGAGAUCACUCGACUGAGGGGAUUGGUAGGACUGUAUGCGGUGGAUAUCAAACGAUUGAAAGGAUCGCUGUGGAGCUUCAAGUAUUUGUACUUGCAAAUCCUUGAACGAGCUGACCUGGGCCAGAAGGCGUAACUGAGUAGGCUGUCUUGCAACAUCUACAAGGGAUGUAAGGCUGGUGUUAUCAAUCAUCUAGCAGUAAAUAUAUUCACAGCCUCUCCAUGAUAGUCCUUGUGUGCACACCUGAGCUUCCCAUGACCUCUUUUGUUGGCUCUUGAUUGCACUUACCUCUCUAGAACAAUUCUCCCAUUCUAUCAUCCAUCUUCUCUCAUAUCACUAUCCCUUCUUUUCUUUUCUUUUCUUUCUCUUUUUUUGGAUCAUCAUUCUGUCCGUCCUUCCUUCUUCUUUAGUUCUCCACUCUUGUUGAAAAAUAAUCUUCCAUCUUAUCUUUUUCCUCUCUCUUACUCUCUCCAUACUUACCUUUUUUCAUCUCAUCUUUUCUUCUUCUUCUUCUCUUCAUUCCUUCAUUCUUCUUUUUGACCUAGUUUUCAUUUUUUUCAGUUUCCCCCAUUGAUGAUAAGAUAACUUUUAAUGCUUUGGUUUUGGUGUACUUUACAUACAUACAUAUAUAUGAAUAUACAAGUAUAUAUAUAUAUAUAUUCAUAUAUUCAUUUUUCUUUCUCCAUUUUUCUUUCUUUCUACCAUUUUUUUUUGUUGAAACACAAAAAAACAAACCUCAAAAACCUUCUCAAACAAACCCAGUCUCAUAUCUUCAACCAAGAAGACACCCCCUCAUCUCCUCUUUCCUUUUUUUUUCUCUCUCUCUUGCUUAUCUUUGACUGAUCUCGCUUAUUUUUCUUCUUCAACCAAGUUGAUUUUGUUUGUUUGUUUCAUUCAUGCAUUCCAAGCGUCCUUUCUCAUUGUUUCUUCCUUUCCUGAUUCAGUACGUCAUUGUGGGACUUAUUAUCCAUGACAUUGAUGAUGAUGUUUUUUAGUUGAGUUUAUGUUUAGUUUUGGUUUUGGUUUUGAAAUACAUCUUUUUCUUCUUUUUUCUAUUAAUGUUGGGUUGGACGAUUAGAUCACACAAACUCUCAAGCCCUCAAAACCCAAUUGUUCAUCAUCACUUUUCUCACACAUUUUUUUUUUUUUUUGGUUUGUUGUUGUUGAUAUAUUCAUAUAUAGUGCAAAGUUGUUGUUUUGUUUUUCUCAAGUCCUACUCCCAAAGCAUAUCCAGUUUGUGUAGUCCUUUAAAUUUUUUUUUUUCUUUUUUCUGGUCUUCUUCUUGUUGAAGACAUAGAUUGUACAUAGAUGUUUGUGGGUCUUGAUCUGUCUGUUUAUAUUUUCA